AACUCUGUCGAAGCGCCACCCCCUGCCCAAAGCAUCUUCGUCCUCCUCCAAUGGCCGCCUCUCCGCUCCCGGUCCGCCAUUCUUCGAGAGACAUACGAUAAACCCAAUCGCCGACCCACUUGUCGGAUUCACGGGCACUUUUCUCUCUCUGUCUUUUUCUUUCGUUUUUGGGGGGGAAAUUAGGAGCCUUUUUUUUUUCUCCCGGGGGUGUUCUUCUGGGGAUGGUUAGAGAUGGCUCGAGAAGGGAGCGUGGUGCCGGCGGACCCACAGCAGGCGGCGAAGAAGAAGGGCCAGUCGGCGCGGAGUUGGAUCCUCCUCGACACGGCGGGCCGAGGGACGGUGCUCGACGCCGACAAGUACGCGAUCAUGCACCGCGUGCAGAUCCACGCGCGCGACCUUCGCAUCCUCGACCCCCUCUUGUCCUAUCCCUCCACCAUCCUUGGCCGUGAGAGGGCCAUCGUUCUCAAUUUGGAGCAUAUCAAGGCAAUUAUCACUGCUGAAGAGGUGUUGCUUCGAGACCCAUCAGAUAUAAAUGUUAUACCAGUUGUCGAGGAGCUCCAACGGCGAUUAGCUGUAAAUGCCAUAUGCCAGGGUCAAGACGAUGUAAACGAGUACGGUCAUGGACAGAAUGAUGUUGAAGUUGGGGAAGAUGAUGAGUCUCCAUUUGAAUUUCGCGCCUUGGAGGUAGCUUUGGAGGCAAUUUGUAGCUUUCUUGGAGCACGUACUACUGAAUUGGAGUCUGCUGCUUAUCCUGCUUUAGAUGAGCUCACCUCAAAAAUUAGCAGCCGUAACUUGGAUAGGGUUCGUAAAUUGAAGAGUGCGAUGACAAGGCUAACGGCGAGGGUGCAAAAGGUAAGGGAUGAGCUUGAGCAACUACUAGAUGAUGAUGAUGAUAUGGCUGACUUGUAUUUGUCAAGAAAACAAGUUGGUUCAUCUUCCCCUGUAAGUGGUUCAGGAGGCCAAAAUUGGUUUCCUGCUUCCCCUACCAUUGGCUCGAAGAUAUCUCGUGCCAGUAGGGCGAGUGUGGCAACAGUUCGUGGAGACGAAGAUGAUGUUGAGGAGUUGGAAAUGUUACUUGAGGUCUCACCCUAUUUCCUGUUGGCUUACUUUAUGCAAAUUGAUGGCACAUUGAACAAGUUGACAACACUUCGGGAAUAUAUCGAUGACACAGAGGACUACAUUAACAUCCAGCUUGAUAAUCACCGGAAUCAGCUAAUUCAGCUAGAGCUCUUCCUGAGUUCAGGAACUGUUUGUUUGUCCAUCUAUUCUUUGGUUGCUGGCAUUUUCGGCAUGAACAUACCUUAUUCUUGGAACGAUAACCAUGGGUACAUGUUCAAAUGGGUCGUGAUCGUGACUGGAACCAUAUGCGCAUUCUUAUUCUGCAUUAUAAUCGCAUAUGCUCGUUAUAAGGGAUUGGUCGGAUCUUGACUUUUGCAUCUCUCAAGCUGGCCUUUUUGGGACAACUAAAUGGCAGGGCCAUGAGGAUGGAGUAAUGUUUUGAUUCAGAUUGCUGAAAAUCGUUAUACUGAUGUUGCUGAGAUGUUGGUGCACUCUUAUUUCCCAUUUGAGUUGAUAAACCAUACAAGGAGAAAUACCUCAAGGACAGUAUUCAUUAGCAGCAAUUGUGGAUAAAAGCUUAUACGGAAUCAUUUUUCUCCCCUUACAUACAUAAAUUUUCUUGAUUGCACAUAAAAUGAUUUGCAUGUACCACAAAUCCUGUUGCAUGCAGUACUUGUAACUAACCUUCGAAUAGUUGGUACUUACAUGGUACGUAAUUCUUAGU